AUGGCCGCGCCUCCGCGCUUGGGAUGCGCCCCCCUCGCGCUGGCGCCCCGGGCCGACUCCGCCCUGCGUGCUCUGCGGGCGUCUUCGCGCGGGCAAGCCGCAUCACUGACGUCCAGCGGUCCCAUUGGGGAUCACGUUGGUACUGUGCCGGGAGCCGAGCGAAGCCAAGCCAAGUCGGCCGACGAGCCGCGCCUUGGAGCGGCAUCUAGGGACGCUCCGGCCAGCGCCUACGUGCACCUGCCCUUCUGCAAGCGGCGGUGCUUCUACUGCGACUUUCCCGUCCGGGCGGUGGGCGAUGACGCCGGGACGCCCGCGGUCCAAGAUGCAAUGAGCAAGUAUGUGGACCUGGUGUGCGCGGAGAUCGACGCCAACGUCCGCCUGGGCUCCCGGCCCCUGCAGACCGUGUUUUUCGGCGGCGGCACGCCCUCCCUCACGGCACCGGGCCUGCUGGAGAGGAUCCUGGCCAGCCUGCGCCGCAAGCUUGGGAUCGCCCACGGGGCGGAGAUCUCGAUGGAGGCCGACCCGGGUACGUUCGACGCGGUCAAACUGAGGGCCUACCUGGACCUGGGGGUGAGCCGGUUCAGCGUGGGGGUGCAGGCCUUCCAGGAGGAGCUGCUGCGCGGGGGGGGCAGGUCGCAUUCCCUGGCGGACGUGCGGAGGGCCAUCGAGGACAUGCACGCCGUGGCGCCCCCGUCCUGGAGCCUGGACUUGAUCUCCGGCCUGCCCUUCUCGACGCCGGCGGCCUGGGAGGAGAGCCUGCGCAUGGCGGUGGAGGCGCAGCCGCAUCAUGUGUCUGUUUAUGACCUCCAGGUCGAGGAGGGCACUCCCUUUGGCCAUUGGUACUCCCCUGGCCAGAGCCCACUCCCUUCGGAUGCUACCAGUUCAGCCAUGUACGUCAUGGCCUCAGAGACACUGCGCAGUUCAGGUUAUGAACAUUACGAGGUCAGCAACUACGCCAAGCCUGGCCACCAAUGCAGGCACAACCUGACGUACUGGACCCGGCGCCAGUGCUAUGCAUUUGGCCUUGGAGCAGCUUCGUACCUGAUGGGAAGGAGGUUCCGGAGGCCUGCAAAGAUGGCUGCAUAUCGGAAGUGGGUGCACAGCCUUCAAGGUGAGGCUGUGCCCAUGGGAGGGCAACCAAAGGAGUCUCUCAGGGACCAGAUGGAGGAGGAACUGAUGCUAAGGCUUAGGCUGCGGGAAGGACUGGAUUUGAUGCAGUUCGAAAAUGAGUUUGGGGCAGCAGCAAGGGAGGCUGUGGUUGGGGUUCUUGCACACUUUGUGGACAGGGGCUUGGUAGAAGUAGACGCUCCUUGUCAUAAGUCACUGCUGUCUGGGGGUGUGAGGCAGGCAGGGGAGCGGGUGAGGCUCACUGACCCCAGUGGGUGGCUGGUGUCGAACGAUAUCAUUUCGGAUCUGUUUGUUGCGCUGCCGGAUUGA